ACGUGUAACAUGGCGAAAUGACAAUGCCUCAAAUAAUCCAAAAUCGAGCCGCAUCAUCCUAAAGGGAUCGUGCUUCGCAACUUUGUUAUUAUGCCAAUCGCGCAUUUUCGAAAACCCCUCUCCGACAGGCCUUACCUCUACAGGCGUCGGGAGCGUUAAAAGCGCCUCGAAAUAUGCGGAGGCGGAGGGGUUGGACACGCGCGGGCACGCUUUCGGUCGGGCGGUUCUUUCCCCGGAGAAUUCACGCGAAAUUGCACGAUUUCCCGGCAACGGGCGGCAAGUACUAGUCGAGUAUACUGAUCCUGGACGACCGGCGACGCGGGAAGAUGCUCUACCUCGAGGAUUAUGUCGAAAUGAUCGAGCAUCUUCCACAAGAGUUGAGGGAUCGAUUUACCGAAAUGAGAGAAAUGGAUCUAGGUGUGCAAAAUUCCAUGGAUAGUCUGGAGAAGAAAGUAAAGACAUUGUUUUGCAAUGCGAAAAAGAUGAAACCCAGUGAAAAAGAGGCGGAAUAUGAGGCUAUUAGAAGAGAAUACUACAAGACCUUAGAGGAUGCCGAUGAAAAAGUGCAUUUAGCUAAUCAAAUGUACGACUUGGUAGACAGGUAUCUAAGGAGACUCGAUCAGGAACUGCACAAAUUUAAGAUGGAACUGGAAGCGGAUAAUAAGGGCAUUACCGAAAUCUUGGAGAAGAGAUCUUUGGAACUAGAUCAACCUCCUACAAAUAGUAGCCAAAAAGAAAAUCGUUACAAUUUUACAUCAAGCAGAACACGAGAUAAUCAUAGCCAUUCUCGUUCAGAAAAACGGCGAGACUCCAACGCGUCUUCCACAUCUGUCGAAAAGAGACUGGCGAUUGAAAAACUGCCGGCGACAACGAGUCUGCCAGAAUCGCGGCCAGCGUCUGCGAAUUCCGGACCUAUUAUCGCAACGAACAAUGUUGCGCCGGCGCCAGCGACUAUCGCCAAUUCCGUAGGCUCGGUAUGUUACAAUCUCGGUCACAUCGGGGCAGGUGGUAAUGCAAUCGCGGCGGCCGCGUCGCAAGCGAUUGCAGCCACGCAGUCGAUGCAACAAGGCCGACGGUCAGCCAGUUUGAAGGCCAGCUACGAGGCCAUUAAUACUGGUGGUGUACACGCCGCGGAAUUUAGCAGGGAAUUGGCCGGCGCAGCGCAAACUGCUAUCGCAGCAAUUCAAGAGACCACAAAGAAGCAUAAAAAGAAAGUGACUGCCACUGUACCGAGUUCAAGCGUGAUCGCAGCCACGGUUCAACAGCCUGUAUCGCCACCGGUAGUAACUACAACUAUGCAAGUAGUGGAUCCAGACAAUCCGGAAUGGACAUGCGAUCCUAACGAGCCACGCUAUUGCAUAUGUAAUCAAGUGUCAUAUGGUGAUAUGGUCGCUUGCGACAAUUCAGACUGUCCCUUCGAAUGGUUCCAUUACGCUUGCGUGGGCAUCAGUGCACCACCAAAGGGUAAAUGGUACUGUCCCCAGUGCACAUCUUCGAUGAAGAGACGCGGCGGGCGGAAGAACUGAUUAAAUAGAAAGAAAAAGUGGAAGAACGUUGAUCAUGUUGAGAAAGCAUCGCUGCUACUACCUCUUAGACACUGUCCGUCUUGUAUUGAUUUAGUUAGGAAGUCUUUAUUAGAAGCUCUUAUUAAGUAUGACUUUUUCAAUAUGUUGUUCCGAAUUCGAGUCAUCUUUCGACUUUCGGACUCUUUUUUUUCUGAUCGAUUGAAUAUACAUCGAAACGACAAUGUUAUAGAAUGGUUAUAUAUCGAAAUAUAAACAUUUAAUGAAGAUGUUUUUUGAAUUAAAAAAUUUUUUUAAAUAUUUUUUGUGUGUUUUCGCUUUCUGCCAUUUACUUCGGAGCAAUAAAGAAAGCGAGACAAGAUGAAUACAAGAUUUUGAAAAUAGAGAAUCGUUAUAAUAUAUUCUUUCGACAAGUUUAAAAUUGAUUAAUCUCGUCAAGAAUUUAAAUUCUUACUUAAUUAUCGAAUAGCGAAAGUUUCCUGGCAAAUUAGGUUAUAAAUAAAUAAAUUU